CGCGGAAUCAGUGUGUGUCUCAGGAGGUUUGAUUUCUAUAGGCGUGGCUCCAGGUUCCACAAAGUCUAGAGAGAGGCUCGGUAAGGGUGCACAGAGGAGUAAGGGAAUAAAGCCCUAUUUCCCGUGGGUCUCUAGAAUUACAACCCCCUGGCAGUGCGUUAGCACAAUCCAGAUUUUUGGAACGGUAGCUUUUCCUUUCUUUGACACAUUAUUUCCAUGACACGUUUCCCGCACCUUAGUAGUAGUUAAUAAACGCUAGGGGGCGGGGCACAGCGGCUUCGAAAUGAACCCGGAAGGGUUGAAAACCUGUGACAGCAACUCUCCGGAGGCUUAAAAGCAUCAAAGCAGAAUUUGAAGCAAGGCACUCAUUUACCGCCCAGAGCCGGAUGGCACCUACGGUGAUCCUGGAGCCCGCGGAUGGUUGCCUCUGCGACCAGCCGGUGCGCAUCUCCGUGCGCGGCCUGGCCCCCGGGCAGCCCGUCACGCUGCGCGCGGCCCUGCGCGACGAGAAGGGCGCGCUCUUCCGCGCCCACGCGCGCUACCGCGCCGAUGCCCACGGCCAGCUGGACCUGGCGCGCGCGCCCGCGCUGGGCGGCAGCUUCGCGGGGCUCGAGCCCAUGGGGCUGCUCUGGGCCAUGCAGCCCGAGCGGCCUUUCUGGCGCCUGGUCAAGCGCGACGUGCAGACGCCCUUCGUGCUGGAGCUGGACGUGCUGGACGGACACGAGCCCGACGGCGGGCGGCUGCUGGCCAAGGCGGGGCACGAGCGCCACUUCCUGGCUCCCGGGGUGCGGCGCGUGCCCGUGCGCGAGGGCCGGGUGCGCGCCACGCUCUUCCUGCCCCCAGGAACUGGACCCUUUCCUGGGAUCAUGGACCUUUUUGGAAUUGGACAUGGCCUCCUGGAGUAUCGAGCCAGUCUGCUGGCUGGGAAGGGCUUUGCCGUGAUGGCUCUGGCUUAUUAUAACUACGACGACCUCCCCAAGGACAUGGACGUGAUCCACCUGGAGUAUUUCGAGGAAGCCGUGAACUACCUGCUCAGUCACCCUCAGGUAAAAGGUCCAGGAGUUGGGGUGCUUGGCAUCUCCAAAGGGGGUGAACUUGGCUUUGCUAUGGCCUCCUUCCUGAAAAAUAUCACAGCUGCUGUCAUCAUCAACGGCUGUAUAUCCAUCGUUGGUGGAACCUUACAGUACAAGGAUGAGACUGUGCUCCCAGUGGGCAUGGACAUCAGACGAAUCAAGAGGACCAAAGAUGGCCUCAAAGACGUUGUAGAUGCCUUGAACAAUCCUCUGGAAGGACCUGACCAGAAGAGCAUCAUCCCCGUGGAGAGGUCUGACACGGCCUUCCUGUUCCUCGUUGGUCUGGAUGACCACAACUGGAGGAGCGAGUUCUAUGCCAGAGAGGCCUCCAAACGCUUACAGGCCCAUGGGAAGAAGGAGCCCCAGAUCAUCUGCUACCCAGACACGGGUCACAACAUUGAGCCCCCUUACCUCCCCUGGUGCAAGGCUUCCCUGCACAGCCUGGUGGGUGCUCCUGUCAUCUGGGGAGGGGAGCCCCGGGCUCAUGCCAUGGCCCAGGUGGACGCAUGGCAGCAGCUCCAGACUUUUUUCCACAAACAUUUGGGUGGCCAAGAGAGGAUAAACCCAGCCAAACUAUGAUUUUUUUUUAAUUUAAGUUAUUUUAUUUUAUUUGCCAUCUCUGAUGCUGAUCUCUCCUGGGAAUACUCUCCACUGUUUGUGUGUGUGUUUCUAUUUUCUGUCAGGGUGGAGUCUCCCCCUCACUCAAUUUCUUUUUAAUUGCAGGCCUUAUUGGUAUGUCUGAGAGGGCAGUGGUUGUACAGAAAACAUAAGGUGUAGCAAAGACUGACCUUUUGCCCUUGGCCAGCCCGAAGUUGGCAAGAGCUGCAGCUCUGAAAAAAGGCCGGGUUACUGGAGUUCCAUACUUUCUAAACGGCUGAUUGAAAACAAACGAUUACUUACUGUUUAGACGGACAUCAAUAGGGGCUGGAAAGGUGGCAGUUAAGAGCAUGUGCUGUUCCUGGAGGACACAAGUUUGGUUCCCAGCGCUGGAACCACGCAGCUCACGAAUGACUGUAACUCCAGCUCCCAGAGAUCCAGAGGUCUCGACUGACCUCCUCAGGCAUCCGAUCACACGUGAUCAUACCCCUGCCACACACACACACACACACACACACACACACACACACACACAAAUUAAAAUACAUGGUUUUGAAAACGUAAACAGCCGGGCAGUGGUGGCCCACCUCUUUAAUCCCAGCAUUCAGGAAGCAGAGGCAGGUGGAUCUCUGUGAGUUCCAGGGCUACACAGAGAAAUACCCUACCUUAAUAACAAAAACCAAAAAGCAGAAACAGUGGCCCUUCAUCAUGCGGGCUCCGUCAUGUGGAUUCUACUCACUGUAGAUUUGCAUAUGCAGAUCUUCUCAUGCCAUCAUUUCUACUGUGGUUCGAAUUUUAAGUAAUCUGAAAGUGACCUAAAAGUUACGUGUGUGUUAUCUGGAGACACCACUCCUUUUGAGACCCGUCAGCCUGCAGAGCCGCUCUCUGUUAGUGGCCCGAGCACCAGUUCCUCAUGAGUCCCAGCGGACAACGCUGACAUCAACUGUGUUGUGAUGUCGGGUGUGGGUUUCUUGUUUUAGAAUGGAAUUAACGUCUUAGCCACCAGCCAGUAAGAAUAAAAAAAUUAUCAAAGUUCAAGGGAAAUUCAGUUUACAUCUUUGUUUUUCUUUUGGGUGAUUAAGGAUUUUUGUUUUUUUUCUGAGCAAAAAGUUGUAUUAGGUUCCUGUUUAUACAUAGGAAUGCUUAUGAUUUGGGUGCUUCAGAAGUUGAUAAAACAUUAUUUAGCUUAAUUACACAAGUAAUUUUAACAAUGAUAAGCAUGUAUAUAAGAAUGCUAUCACUAGAUACAAAUAGUUCCAAAAUAAUAAACGUUUGUUUUGUUUUGUUUGAGACAGGGUUCUCUGCGUGUAGCCCUAGUUGUCCGGUAACCACUCUGUAGACAGGCUGGCCUCGAACCCACAGAGAUCCGCCUGCCUCUGCCUCCUCCCAAGUGUGUGCCACCACCACCUGGCCUAAUCAACAUUUCUUAAGCCUUAAUUAUAUUAAACAUUACUUAGAUGGUCAA